AUGAUGCAUAUUUGUGUUCUUGACUGUUCUUACGCUCCUGAAGGUGACAAAUAUAAGGUAGCAAAACGAUGGGGCCACAUUAAUAUUGUGAUGAGGAAAUGGUUUGAUCAAUCUAUUGCUCGAAGAGCAUGUCUUAAUGAGGAGUUCUUCCCUGUUCAGCAUGGAUCUAUAUCUUCACAUAAAGUGACUAGGGACUUAACAAUACAACAUAGCCAAGAAAAGAAUAUUGGGAAAUUGCAAUCUGCGGCAUCCUCAGGUGCUACAGAUUCAAAUGUGCAAGUUUCCUGCGCUGAGUUUAUGGAUAGAGAUCUAGAAGCUACACAGUCAGAACAUAUGUCCUCUGCUUUACAAACUCUUAUAUUUUCUAAGGAGGCAGAUGCUGAACCUCCAUUGCAGACCUGUGGUGGAUUGAACUUUGAUGGUGUUGUUGCUGAUGAUUCUGAAUCUGAUGAUAAUGACUUGUACUUAUCAGAGUGCAGAAUACUCCUAGUUGGUUUUGAUGCUAUAGAAAUGCGGAAGCUAGUUAAUAUUGUGCGUAGAGGUGGAGGCUCCCGUUAUAUGUCUUUUAAUGACAAAUUGACACACAUAGUAGUUGGGAAUCCUACUGAAAUGGAAAAGAAGGAUGUGAGGAGUCUUGCUGCUUUAGGUGUAAUUUAUGUUGUUAAAACCACAUGGCUUGAAGAUUGUGACCAUAAGAAGAAAGAAGUCCCUAUUCUUAGGAGACAUAUUGCAUAUGAUCUACUUCAUCCAAAAGGAGCAGUAACAGGGAACACAUCUAUGGAUCACUGUAAAAGCUCCAGCUAUCAUCAAAGCUCGCAUCAGGUGGACUUCGAAAUUGUGAAACCAGAAUCUUUGGAGAAUAGAAAAGAAGAGAUAAAAGAUUUGGAAAUAAAUGGUCACACACUCCGUAAAGCAAUUGGUAAAACUAUGUUGCAAAAUCAACCUCCUGAUAAUAAAUUGGGUGCCAAGAGAAUGAGCCAACAUGACUCCAGUCUUCAAUAUGCAAAGUCAGCAAACGUUUUUAGAGGGAAACUGUUUUGUUUCUCAAAUUUGUUUCCAGAAGAAAAGAGAGGUGAGAUUGUUCAAUGGAUAAGUCAAGGGGGAGGAGAGAUAAUAAGUAGGCAAACAAUACAGAUCGCCCACUAUACUAUUGAGUGUCAUGGUGUAACACCCAUUUUGACAGGUGAUUCCAAGAGUUUGUGUAUUUCCAGUCAUUGGAUACGAUCUUCUUUGGAGGCUGGAUCCUUGCUGGAUGUUGACAGUCACAUUCUUUUUUCUCCGCUUCCCUGCCGUGUUCCCUUGCCUGGAUUUGAAAGAUUCCGAUUUUGUGUUUCACAGUAUGAGGAGAAAGACAGAAAUCUCCUAAGAAAUUUGUGUUUUGUUCUAGGAGCUAAAUUUGGGGAGAAGUUGACUAAGAAGGUUACGCAUUUGUUGUGUAAAUUCACCAAUGGGCCCAAGUAUGAGGGUGCUAAAAAAUGGGGGAUUCAGUCAGUUACAUCGGAAUGGAUAUUUGAAUGCGUAAAACAGAAUGGAAUUGUUGCCAUUGAUCAAUUUUUACCUAAAGAAGUAAGUGGUCAAGACCUAGAGGCAGGAAUUUGCACUGUGAGUCAAUUUCCUACCCAAGCUGCUCAAAUGAUAAGUGAAAUGCCCUCACAGUUGUCAAGUCAAUCACAAACUUUGACAGGGAUCCCGAAUAAAAAUGUCGGUUGUGGAGUUGAUAAUCAUGAGACCAAUUUUAAGAAAUCAAAUAUUUAUAGCAAAAGGGCAAGGCUUGUGGAAGAACCUUGCCAAUCUAACAAAAUACCUUCAGCAUCAAUUUCGGGUAGUCAUGCCAAUGGAGAGAAUUUUUCUCGAGACAAUAUGCUAAUGGACGCUGGGGAGGUUUGUCUUGCUGUUCCUGAUGUUGCUGCUGCAAUUGAGGACUUGUUAGAGCAGACGAGUAAGGUACAAGAGCUGAUUUUUUGUUAG